CGCGCCAGGGCUGGCGAGAAAGCUGCCGCCGCCGAGUGCUUCGACUCCUGGCAGCGGCCGGCUCCGCUCUCAAGCGCUCCGAAAGUAACGUUAUUUAUUUAUUUGCCUGCGUUCAUCCUCUUGGGUUGGACCCAAUAGACACUCCGUUGGACUUUGGGAGCCCGCGUCCGACCUCUCCAGCCUCCUCCCUGUCCGUGCGGGCGGCUCCCCGGAAUACACGCACAUGCACCCCCUGCGCCCCCUCCCCGCGCCCCGGCACGGCUAGGGGUGGGCCCUCACCCGGGCGCUAAAAAGUCCCCCAAGGCGGGAGCAGGGGAGGGCCGAGGGGCGGGGGAGGCCCCAGCACUCUCCGCUCUCUUUUCAAAGCGCGCUCUCCCUUCCAGGUUGGGUCGGACCUGAACCCCUAAAAGCGGAACCGCCUCCCGCCCUCGCGCCAGCCGCCCGCCCGGAGCUGAGUCGCCGGAGGCGGUGGCGGCGGACGGACCGGGGAGUUUCCUCUCGCACUGGAUGGAGCUGAACUUUGGGCGGCCAGAGCAGCGCGGCCGUCCGGCGAUCGCUGCAUGCUGAGCUCCCCCGGCGAGACCCAGCGGCAGCUCGGGAUUUUCGGGGGGGCGGGGACCAGCUGCGCGCAGGCACCAUGUUCCUGGCGACCCUGUACUUCGUGCUGCCGCUCCUGGACGUGCUCCUGUCGGCCGAGGUGAGCGGCGGGGACCGCCUGGACUGUGUGAAAGCCAGCGAUCAGUGUCUGAAGGAGCAGAGCUGCAGCACCAAGUACCGCACGCUGAGGCAGUGCGUGGCGGGCAAGGAGACCAACUUCAGCUUGACAUCCGGCCUGGAGGCCAAGGACGAGUGCCGCAGCGCCAUGGAGGCCCUCAAACAGAAGUCGCUUUACAACUGCCGCUGCAAGCGGGGUAUGAAGAAGGAGAAGAACUGUCUGCGCAUCUACUGGAGCAUGUACCAGAGCCUGCAGGGAAAUGAUCUGCUUGAAGAUUCCCCAUAUGAACCAGUUAACAGCAGAUUGUCUGAUAUAUUCCGGGUGGUCCCAUUCAUACCAGAUGUUUUCCAGCAAGUGGAGCACAUCUCCAAAGGGAACAACUGCCUGGACGCCGCCAAGGCCUGCAACCUGGACGACACCUGCAAGAAGUACAGGUCCGCGUACAUCACGCCGUGCACCACCAGCAUGUCCAACGACGUCUGCAACCGGCGCAAGUGCCACAAGGCCCUCCGGCAGUUCUUCGACAAGGUCCCGGCCAAGCACAGCUACGGAAUGCUCUUCUGCUCCUGUCGGGACAUCGCCUGCACUGAGAGGAGGCGGCAGACCAUCGUGCCCGUGUGCUCCUACGAGGAGAGGGAGAAGCCCAACUGCUUGAAUUUGCAGGACUCCUGCAAGACAAAUUACAUCUGCAGAUCUCGCCUGGCGGAUUUUUUUACCAACUGCCAGCCAGAAUCAAGGUCUGUCAGCAGCUGUCUGAAGGAAAACUACGCUGACUGCCUCCUUGCCUACUCAGGGCUUAUUGGUACAGUCAUGACCCCCAACUACAUAGACUCCAGUAGCCUCAGCGUGGCCCCCUGGUGUGACUGCAACAACAGUGGAAACGACCUGGAGGAAUGCAUGAAAUUUCUGAAUUUCUUCAAGGGCAACACAUGUCUUAAAAAUGCAAUUCAAGCCUUUGGCAAUGGCUCGGAUGUGACUGUGUGGCAGCCAGCCCUCCCCGCUCAGACCACCACUGCCACCACCACCACAGCCUUCCGGGUCAAGAACAAGCCCCUGGGGCCAGCAGGCUCUGAGAAUGAGAUCCCCACUCAUGUGUUACCACCUUGUGCAAACUUACAGGCACAGAAGCUGAAGUCCAAUAUUUCGGGCAGUACACACCUCUGUCUUUCUGAUCGUGAUUACGAAAAGGAUGGUCUCGCUGGGGCUUCCAGCCACAUAACCACGAAAUCAAUGGCUGCUCCUCCAAGCUGCAGUCUGAGCCCACUGCUGGUCCUGCUUGUUUUCGUCUCAUAAGUAGUGUGAGCUCCGAUGUUAACAUCACGAAGAUAGCUUUUCAAAAGCAGACUCUGCGGAGCCCCGUGCUUUAGCAGAAGCUCUGUGUCACGUUACUGUGGACAGCAGGAGGAAACAGAGCAGCCAAGUGUUGUCUUUUACCAUUUCUUGAAAUGCAAGCGUGCGUACCUGUGAGGAAACCGGCAGCCACUCGUAAAUGUUCUGCAGCGUUUGCUGGCACCCUUGCCUGUUGACACAGACCAGUACCUUGGUGUUCAUGUUACCUGACAAAGGCAGCUUUGACUGGGACAGCGAGUGGGAAGUGCUACCCUCUCUUCUGAAGCAGACCCAUGCCAGGGUACACAGUUCUUUUCCUGAGGAUUGUCUUGAGCCCCAACUGUGAUGGCGUGGCCGCUGUGUAGAGCGGUUUGGUCUGAAGGUCAUCGGGAAUCUGCUUGCACCCUGUUCUGCAUCCUCCAAGACAAGCUGUGUGGAACUGACUCUGUGAAACAGAAAAAAUGUUUGUGGACCAAGAGGGUCACCAUUCAGUCUGUGGAGCUGAGCUGGUCGGCACAGAGACACAGAACAGACUCUGGAUAUAAGGCAUCUGGCUGGUUAACUGCAUGUCAUCUUCCAUUGUUCUCUUCCUUAAAUGAAUAGACCCGAAAGUGCACUUUUGAAGUCUGGUUGAAAUGGUGAGAUUCGAAAUCUACAAGGAUCCAGUGCUAGUAGCCAUGUUUCUUUGAAACUGAAUAGAGGCGAGGAGAUUCCACCCAAUAGGGUGUUCGAAGAGUUCGCUUUCUUCCCACAUCAGUAGAGGGGAUGGAGGAGGUGACCUGUGGUGCACAUUUCAUCCUGAUUCCCUUUGCCCACAGAUGUUGGCCUUGUAAGAAUUAAUCAAGUUACUAGAGUGGGAAAUCUGUUAAAUCCAAGAUGAAGGCAUAGUCUUUUGGCUCUAUUGGUGUUUGAAGUACCUUUAUAUCCAAAUGUUAAUAAACAUAAGUGUAUAAUACUAA